CCUAUUUAAACCCUCGCACAAGUGCCAAAUGCAAAGCCCAGUCUUCUUCUUCCCAUCCCGGAAUCUUCCACCGCGCCGUUCCCUUCUUUUGCCCUGAGGUUUCAUCCACACACCAAAACUCGGAAAUCUGAACUGUCCGGCCUCUUCCCUCUUCUGCAAUUCUUUGUACAAAAAUGUCAGGCACACACACGCCAUCCGCGGCAACUCCAGCAGUUUCGGGAUGUCCCGUCAUGCACCACGGCAUGUCCAGAGGCAACAUGGCCGUCUGUCCGGUGACUGGGAUGAGCGCCCCGCCCACGCCCAACCGGAGCCGAUCGGGCUCCAUCUCGUCCGUCUCGUCGAGCACAUCCCAGAGCUCAGCGCUCUCUGCACAUUCUGCACUAUCCUCGCGGUCGACCACAAGCUCCAUGUCGGGCAUUUCGGAUCUCGGACCCAUGCUGUCAUCGCAAAUGCUGGACUUGUUGCGGCACGAAACGCGCGACGCCAUCCAGUCAAGCUGGGCUCUUGCGAUUCAAAAGCACGACGAUCACGACGUGACGCCCGUGGCCACCUUUGUUAACAUUCUCUUUGCCAAGCUGUUCGAGGUGUGUCCCGAGACGCGGCUCGUUUUUGGUCACGACAUGGUCCGCCAAGGCAAAUCGCUCAGCUCGAUUCUCACCGGCAUGCUCGAGUUUGUCGUGCAUCCCAAAAAGCUGCAAAGCCAGGUGAAACGACUGGCACACAUGCAUGUGGGACUUGGCGUAACGCCAGACAUGUUUGAAGCGUUUGGAUUCUCGCUUCUGUACACAAUCAGAGUUCGAAUCGGCAGCGCAUGGAACCAGCAAAUCGAGCGAGUCUGGGUGGACACGUACGGCGGUGUGAGCAACAUUUUGAGUCAGCACAUGAGCCACAUCACCCUCGACGCCAACGACAUUCCAUCCUGGAUGGUCAGCCGGUACCUUGAGCACCACGCUGUCAUGAUGGCGACGUGGAAGGAAGCUACGGAUGCCGACAGCGGAGAGCGCGUGCUGAACGGAUUUUUCACCAGGUUGCAAGUCAACGACCCACAAGCAUCGCACAUUUACGAAACAGCCGACGCACGCAUGCGCAAGGUGAUUAUCUGGUCUGCCGUUACCAAGAUCCUCGACUGUCUCGAAAACCCACGCUCGUUGCGCAAAGAGCUCAAGCCACUCGCGCAAUCGCACGCACACAUGGGUGUUACGCCACAGAUGAUUGAUGCGUUUGGUACUUCACUCUGUGCUGUCUUGAAGGAAGUCCUCCAAGAAAAGUAUACGACCGAGGUGGACGUCGUGUGGCGUCGGUGCUUCCGCCUCUUUGCUGCGCAGUUUAGCCUCUCUCUGGAGCGGUACUCGAAGAGUAAGAACAAGAACGGCAAACAGGCCUGUGUUAUUUCUUAACACGUUGGCCAGCAGUUGUUGUCAUGUUAAUAAAUGGUUUUGAAAGAUGGA